GUAGAAGGGUUUUAACUGAACAUAAGUAAAAAUGAAUGAACCAUGAGUUCAUUGACAAAACUUGAAAAAUAUGUUCUUCCUGAUAAUUUGCCCACAUUAAUAUCAAAUAACAGUGUGUGUGUUGAUGUAUAAGGGACAAAGUUACACAGGUGAACCCACAACUUCAACGCUGGACCCCUGACUCCCUGGAGGAAAUCAGGUUCAAGUUUUGCAGCCUGGCCAGGCCUGGUUGCUUCCCAUGCUCUGGGAUAAGUAAAUUCCUCCAUCUGUGACCUUGUUGCAGAAAGAAGAGGCCCAUGGAGCCGCAUGAAGAAUGCAGGUGUGUGCUCUGGAGGCUGGAGCCUGUUCUGCCUUCAGUGCAAAUGCCCUCAGGGUGGAGCGUGGCCCUGGGAGGAGGCCAGAGACCUGUCACUCCCUGCUUCCUCAACACUUUCCUCUCCAUCCUUCUUCCAUUUCAGGUGUCAGGUGUGGUGCAGGGAGAACUAGGCCAGUCCAGACAGCUGGGGACCUAGGGCGACCAUCCUGCACAUCCGUAAAUCACAGGGAAGGAUUUCAGUUGCUCAGACUAGUGUGUGGACCAAACAUUAUUCAUCGGCCUCCAGACUGCCCAGUGCUCUGCUUCCACUCCCGUCCCUCUUCCUGACGUGGCUUCUUGGGCUCAGAGACGACAUUCCCUUCAACUUCCAGAAGCUAGAGAAGGAAAUGGACUCAGUGAUCGUUGAGGAUGUGGCUGUACUUUUUAGCCAGGAAGAGUGGGCUUUGCUGGAUCUUGCUCAGAAGACACUCUACAGAGAUGUGAUGAUGGAAACCUUCAGAAACCUGGCCUCAGUAGUCUCUGGAAACCUUAAGAAUGGAGAAAAGUUAUCCAGUGAACAUAUAAUGGUGCGACUCCUGAAGAAUGAAACCUGGUCUUCCAUGUUAGGAGAAAUCUCUGACCAAUCACAUGGCAAUAAAGAUAAGCAUGAAAACCAGGGGAGACAUGUAAGAAGUUAUCCAGUAGAGAACCACUGUGAAAGCAAUGAAGGCAAUCAGUGUGGGGAAACCUACAGCCAGAUUCCAAAUCUUACUGUGCUAAAAAGAAAUCCUCCAGAAGCAAAUCCUUUUGAAGGCUGUGAGUGUGGAAAAGCCUCCAUGGAUCACUCAUCACAUAAGAAUCAGACCAGAUCUCACACCGGAUGCAGUACCUGUCAGUGUAAGGAAUGUGGAAAAGCCUUCAGUUGUCUCUCUCACCUACCCACUCCUAUGAGAACUCUUAACGGAAAGAAACCCCAUAAACGCAAGGUAUGUGAAGACUUCAUUUCUAUCGCAACCCUUAAGACUCCUGUGACAACACUCAGUGGUGAGAAAUGCUGUGAACGUAACAAAUGUGGGAAAGCUUUCUGUAGUUUCUCAUCCUUUCGGACAUCCAUGACAGGUCAUAAUCAUGAAAGUAUAGAAAGUAAAACUUAUAGCUGUCCUUCAUCCGUCAUUUUACAUAUAAGAUCUCAUGACAGAGAUAAGCCUUAUGAAUAUAAGGAAUGUGGGAAAGCUUUUAGUGAGGCCACAUCCCUCACUCAUGUAAGAUCUCACUGUGGAGAGAGGCCUUAUGAAUGUAAGAAAUGUGGGAAAGCCUUUAGUCGGCCCUCAGACCUCACUAAACAUGUAAGAACUCACAAUGGAGAGAGGCCUUAUGGAUGUAAGAAAUGUGGGAAAGCCUUUAGUUGUUCUUCAGCCCUCACUACCCAUAUGCGAACUCACAGCGGAGAGAGGCCCUAUGAAUGCAAGGAAUGUGGGAAUGUCUUUAGGCAGUCAUCACACCUCACGACACAUAUAAAAACUCAUAAUGGUCAGAGACCUUACGGUUGUAAGGAGUGUGGGAAAGCCUUUAGUUGUUCCUCAUCCCUAACUAAACAUGUAAGAACUCACAGUGGAGAGAGACCUUAUAAAUGUAAGGAAUGUGGGAAAGGCUUUAGUUGUUCUUCACACCUCACUCAACACAUAAGAACUCACAGUGGAGAAAGGCCUUAUGAAUGUAAGGAAUGUGGGAAGGUCUUUCGUUACUCCGCAGCCCUCGCCAAGCAUAAAAGAACUCACAGUGGAGAGAAACCUUAUCAGUGUAAGGAAUGUGGGAAAGCUUUCAGUUGUUCUUCAUACCUUGCUCUACAUAAAAGAACUCACAGUGGAGAGAGGCCUUAUGAAUGUAAAGAGUGUGGGAAAGUCUUUAGGCAAGCCUCCAACCUCACUACACAUAGAAGAACUCACAGUGGAGAAAGGCCUUAUGAAUGUAAAGAAUGUGGGAAAGCCUUUAGUCAGUCAUCACAUCUCAGUAUACAUAUAAAAACUCACAAUGGGCAGAGGCCUUAUGAAUGUAAAGAAUGCGGGAAAGCCUUUAGUUGUUCCUCAUCCCUCACUCAACAUAGAAGAAUACACAGUAGCGUGAGACCUUAUAAAUGUAAGGAAUGUGGGAAAACCUUUAGGCGUUCCUCACACCUCAGUACACACAUAAGAGCUCACAGUGGAGAGAGGCCUUACGAAUGUAAGGAAUGUGGGAAAGUCUUUAGUUAUUUAUCUGGUCUCACUACGCAUAGAAGAACUCAUAGUGGUGAGAUGCCUUAUGAAUGUAAAGAAUGUGGGAAAGUCUUUAGGCAAGUCUCAAACCUCACUACACAUACGCGAAUUCACACUGGAGAGAGGCCUUAUGAAUGUAAGGAAUGUGGCAAAACAUUUAGGUGUUCCUCACACCUUACUGCACAUAGAAAAACUCACAGUGGGGAGCCCUUAUAAAUGUAGGGAAUGUGGGAAAGCCUUUAGUCGUUCUUCACACCUUAGUUCACAUAUAAGAACUCAAAAUAGAGCGAUUACUCUAUGCCAAAAGUGGGAUGUUUCAUCCUUGCUGCUGUAAUUUUAAA